CCUAGACAAAACUGUGAAUGGUAAAAAGGGAAAGCAAAAAAUUGCAGAGACCCAGAAAUCGGGCUGCCUUCACCAACUAGGCAGUUGCAGAUACCAACAGUGUAGAAGUUUGAUGAUGUGGCAGAGGAUGCUAAGGUGGAUAAAUGUAAAGUAUCAAUCAGAGGGCUUGCCAUGUUUGUGAGAUCACAUGGAUGGCAGCCUUUUGGGCCUCUUAAACUGCUUCAUAUUCGGCUCUGUCUUUGUUUUGAAUAACAACAACCCUUAUCAUUAUCCAGAAAUGUUUCUCUGACCUCACCUCUCCUCCUGUCCUUUCUUACACAAAAAAUACAUUUAUAAUAUAUAUAUGCAUUCAUAUUUUCAUGGUGUAAUGGAUUGAAUGGAAGAAAUUCAAUAUAAAGGGCAACUAUCAUAGGUAGACUACUACAGAAAGGACUCUUUUGAGGGAAGGAAGUCUAUCAAUUGAGCUGGCUGAUAUUGGCUUUCUUCUUUCCAAGUGGGUUUUGGAUUGUUCAUCUCUUUUUGUUUGAGUAAUCCAAUAAAAAGUCAAUGAUGUUCAUCAAUAAAAUAAUGCAUAGAUUCUCUUGCCCAAGGAUUGAUAUGCUUUAUCAGAAGUGCUGCAAGCUUAGGGAAAAGAUAUCUGCCUCUUAUGGAACUCCAAUGUUUUUGGGCAUUGCUGCACUGCUUAGCUGAAUGUUGUAGCGAUCAGUGGGUACCCAUGACCGGUUUUCAAAUCGAUGUUGCUCAGUUGACUUGUUGCUCACGUUCCUUUGGGUUUUGGCCUACACCCAAUUUCCGUGGUAUCAUGUGGCCAUGAGUCCUCCAGCUAUUACACUGAGUUGUAGUACAAUAGGUAUGGCUGGAAAAGGACCAGCCGCUUGGACCUUUUAUAGUACAAGUAUACAGACUCACAUGCACUUUUCCUUUAGGCUUUCUUCUCAAUCCCAUUCCCUGUGUGGCCCAUUGUUUGGAUGAUUUCUCUGCCUCUGCAUCAUAUGCAUAUUGACUUUUGUGGAUGCCCGAAGCCGCCAUGAUUACUCGAGGAAGCCCAAGCAAUCAUGCAUUUAUGAUCGAUAAAUUUGAGUGUGGAGAACAAUGAUAGUAGUAAGAAGUAAAAUGAAAGAAAGAUAUUUUAUUUCGUUUAUGGUAGCAACAAAACCCUGAUUCAGGUUGACAAGAAUAAGAGUUUUCUGUUAAAAAUUGUUUAAGGGCAGCCAGACUGAUUUCUACUUCUUUCUUGAGGGUAGGUCUUCUAACUGUAAUCCCUAAUCAGCUUUCGAUAAUCUCCACUCUUUGAAAUGGCUGCUGCUUUUUAAAUUUUAGGGUGGGUCAUCUACUUUUCAAACUUGGACAGAAUUUCUGUGCCUCUUCUAUUGAUAGUGGGUAGGAAAAGACUCGGUCUUCAAGGUAUCCUAUGUAGUUUGCUUGCAUUGGGGGUUCCUGUAAUCUUAGCACUUAUAUUAUGCAAUGUCAUACUGUUUGUGUUUAAAGAGUUCAGAUUCUCCAUAACUUUUAAUCUUCAAAACAAAUAUAGUUUUUGGCUUGCCAUUCUUAGCGUCUCUCUAGCACCAAGGUUUAUCUGGGUCCAACCUGUAAACUAGUCUUCUGUUGGGCUGUGAAAUCUUUGUUGUUUGAAGGAAAAAUGGUUGCAGCAUCCACAAGAUUAGGCCCAAUCCUCGCCCCCUCUCCUAGCCCAUGGGGGGCUCCUUUUUCAUACUCUAGCCAUCAUCAUUUCCAGGCUCUAGCUCUGGGAUUUGCAGCUCUGGGGUUGGGAAUGUUGGUUCUAGUAAUAUUUUUCAUUUAUUACAGCCGUCUGAGAAGUAACAGAACUAGCCCAUAUGACCUCACAGCAGACAUGAGACUGCAGAGAUUCAGCUACGGCGAAUUGAAGACUGCAACGAACUCCUUCAAUGAUUCAAACAAGCUGGGCAAAGGGGGAUUCGGAGUGGUCUACAAAGGAGUUUUGAGCAAUGGUAAAGAGGUGGCAGUAAAAAAGCUAGAUGUCUCCUCUCAGCAAGGAGAAAGGGAAUUCCAGAAUGAAAUGUCCAUCAUAGCAGGAUUACAUUCUCCCUUCAUUGUGAGCCUGUUGGGCUAUUGCUCUGAUGGAAAUAAGAGGAGACUUUUAGUGUAUGACCAUAUGCAGAAGGGUAGCCUGCAGGAGGCCUUGUUUGAAAACAAUGAUGACUCUAAGCUGGAUUGGGAGAAGAGAUACAACAUUAUACUGGAUGUUGCUCAGGCUUUGGCCUUCCUGCACCUUGAAUGUGAUCCACCUAUUAUUCAUGGCGAUGUCAAGCCCAGCAAUGUGCUCUUGGACAACAAUUUCAAGGCUCGUAUUGCAGAUUUUGGGCUCGCAAGACUCAAGAGUGAUGAUAUGUAUUAUGUUGACAUGUUUAAUCAAAGCCAAGAGCUCUGGAAAAGUCAGGACUUACUCAAGAGCCAGGAGCUUAGUAGGAUUGUUGCAGGCAGAGAUUCAAAAUCUGGGGCGUCUGAUGAUGAUGAGAGUAGUCACACAAACAUAAACAGAAAUCCAAAGGAAAGCCCAGGCAAGGUAAUGUGUAUUGAGGACAACGUAGCCAUAGAUGUAAUGGAUGAACAACACACAAGGGGUCCUUCUGUGGGUGUUGAUGAAUUAGAUGCGAAGGGAAAGGAAAUUGUAUCAGAGCAUUUGGGUGUUGCUGGAUGUGAGGAUUGGAUGAAGAUGUACCCAUCUGAAGAAGGAACCGAUUGGAGUAAGGAGUUACAGGAUGGCAAUAUUCAGAAGAAGAAUUUUUGGAGUAAGGAGUUACAGGAUGGCAAUAUUCAGAAGAAGAAUUUUUGGAGUAAGGAUUGGUGGGGGAAACAUGAUGGCAGUGGAGCGCUCAGCACUAUGGAAUAUAUCAUGCAGUGGAUUGGCAGCCAAAGGAUCAACCACAAGAUCAAGAAAACUAAGAAAAUGAGAAAGAGGCCUAGCCCAGAUGAGGAGACAGUGAGCAGCCAGACGGAGUCCAGGAGAAAAACAAAGGGAAAAAAGGGCAAGGAAAAGACUAGAAAAAUCAAGGAGUGGUGGAAGGAGGAAUAUUUUGCAGAGAUGAGCAAGAAGAGCAGGAAGCUUGAGAAAAUCAAGUGGAAAAGUUCAUCUCAAAGAUUUGAUAGGGGAAGAAACAGUGUUAGUAGGAGGGACUUUUUGUGGGAUAAAAUCAGAAGAGAUAGUUCUUGCUCCAUGGGAAGUGAGAUGUGGAGUGGUGAUCUGUUGAGUAGAGAUCUAAGCAGCACCACCAGCAUGAGAGGAACAGUUUGCUACGUUCCUCCUGAAUAUGGGGGAUGUGGGUUCCUGUCAGAGAAGGGAGAUAUAUAUAGUUUUGGAGUGCUGAUGUUGGUGAUUGUCUCAGGGAGGAGGCCUCUGCAUGUCCUGGCAUCUCCAAUGAAGGAUUUUGAGAAGGCUAAUCUCAUUUCUUGGGCAAGACAUUUGGCCCAAACAGGAAAUACUUUAGAUCUUGUGAGUGACUCCUUGAAAGGCUCAUUUGAUAAAGACCAAGCAAGCCUAUGUAUUACUCUGGGCAUUCUGUGUUUGCAGAGAAUCCCAGAAACGAGGCCUGAUAUAUCUGAUAUUCUUAAGAUUUUGAGGGGUGAAAUGGAUGCUCCAUCUUUGCCUCUUGAAUUCUCACCUAGUCCUCCCAGCAGGAUUUACAACAAGUCUAAAAAAAGACCCCAAUCCGACACUGCAGCUCCUUCUCCUGUUCCAUAGCGUAUAUCAUGUUUGAAUGCAAAGUAAAUGGUGACUUUUUUGUUUGUUCAUAUGAUUUGCCAUUGUCAAGUACAAUCAUUGAAUAUACUGCACUGUGCAGCUCUUCUUUACCAUAAAUAUCCCCACUGUUGUAUCAGAAUUUGAGUUUCUCACAAGGAAUGCAUUUCAGGGCGGUCUUGAUAUGUGUGUUUUAUUUUAGCACUCUGUACACAACCUCCAUAUCAAUACAUUGAACGUUGAAUAUACUUA